AUGGUAGAGCCGACAAUGCAAGAUUGGUUAGACAUAGCAGAGGGGUUUUAUAGUAAAACUCAAUUUCCAAACUGUGUGGGGGCCGUAGACGGGAAACACAUUCGACUAGAAUGCCCCCCUAAAAGUGGUACCUUAUACUACAACUAUAAGCAUUUCUUCUCCAUAAUACUCAUGGCAAUCUGUGAUGCAAACUAUUGCUUCACGAUUAUAGAUGUGGGGUCGUAUGGCAAGGAGAGCGAUUGCAACAUUUUUAAGAAAUCGUCAUUUGGAAAAAAAUUAUACAACGAAAAAGUCAAUUUUCCCCAACCUCAGUGUUUACCAGAAGAUGAUGGUGGUAUUCCUCAACCUUACGUAAUAGUAGGUGAUGAAGUCGGUAUUUUGUCUAACAAAUGGAGGGUUUUCCAUACGGCCUUAUUAGUAGAAUCAGACUUUGGAGUUGCUAUUACCAAAGCGUGUUGUGUUUUGCACAAUUUCGUUCGACGCAGAGAUGGAUAUUGCCCCGAAGAUACACAGACUUGUGAUAUGGAGGAUGCAAAUGAAAAAGUAGGGGUUGGGAACUCUACAUCGGUUGCAAAAGACGUAAGAGACUAUUUUGUCAACUAUUUCAAUCAACCGAUUCAUGCAUUAAGUUGGCAAAACAAAGUGAUAGGCUAA